AGUGAGGAAGACAACACUAAGGAGGAGACACGGCGCCUCUGCUGCCCUUUAUUCCCCUUCAUCAGUCAACAUCCUUAUUUUCCCUUAUGGGGUUUGAGUGGCUACGUGGCUACGAGUCUCUCACUUUUGACAAUCAUGUUUUCUCCUGCCUGAUGUUCAUCAUUCUCAUGUCUUCCCCACACCAUCUCCAGGUCUGCUUCAGUCUUCCAGCUGGUCUCAAAUGACAGAUAUUCUUCCAUUUUCUUAGGAGCCUACAAAUGGGCUCAAGAUGAGUGCUGCGUGGUAACUUCCGCCUCCAUUGACUGUGGUGUAGAGCGCUGGACAGUUACCAAGACACAGAGACCCGCACCAUGUGGCCUCUGAGCAGACAAGAGAUGUGGCGGAGAGUGGCGGCAGCAGUGAUGGUGGCAGCGUUGGCCCACCAAACAUUAGCAGAUGUCAUCGUGUUGACUGCCAACCGCACUGUGACUUUCUUUUCUGACUCCCCAGCAAGCUUUGGGCCUCCGAUACCCCUGGAAGGAUUCAAGGGAUUGGCAGUGGCAGUGACUCCUCCUGAUGCCUGUGUAUUACCCAGUCCUCCGCCCACCUCUAUAUCCACCAAGUACUUUGGGCCAUGGAUUGCAGUGGUGAGGAGGUACAACUGCUCCUUCACGGAUAAAGUUCUCAAUGCACAGCGGGCUGGCUACAACGCCGUGAUAGUUCACAAUGUUGGAUCCAAUGAGCUAUUACGCAUGGGCAGCAACAGAUCUGCCGCCCGUGAAGUGAACAUUCCCUCCGUCUUCAUUGGUGCUGAUGACGGCUACAUGAUUGUGAAGGAAUUUGCUUAUGGCACAAGCCCCAUUACGUACGUGUUGGAGCUGACGGAUGACUUACCCUUCAACCUAGCCAACUAUCUGGUCCCCUUUGCCAUCACCAUAGGCAUCUGCUUCAUAGUGAUGCUCUCCUUCAUGAUUGUGAAGUGCGUGAGGGAUUACCGUCGGUCUCGCCGCCAUCGCCUCUCAUCCCGCUCCCUAAAGAAGCUGCCACUCCACAAGUUCAAGAAGGGCGACCCCUAUGAGUGCUGUGCCAUCUGCCUCGAGGAUUACUUAGACAACGACAAGCUGCGAAUCUUGCCGUGCGAACAUGCCUACCAUUCCAAGUGCAUUGACCCGUGGCUGACCAAGAACAGGCGCGUGUGUCCCGUUUGCAAGCGCAAGGUUUUCACGGGGGAUGAGCGGCCCUCAGACCUGGAGACAGAUUCUGAGGACGAGAACAGCCCUUUAAUUAACACAGACGGGGGGACUCAGGGCGGCACUUUUGCUAACCAGAGGGAAAAUCCAUUCAUGGAGGCCAUGAGGCAGGCAGAGGAACAGAGACGGAACAGGAGGCGAAGGAGGGUGUCCCGCCACGUGGAGUGUGGCCCUGAAGGCUACCAGCGGUUGGCUGAGUCCUCUUCAGAUGAAGAGGAUGAAGAGGAAGAGGCAGAGGAGGAAGGAGAAGAGCAGCGAGAGGGAACACGGGAACAGAGUAAGGGUGCUGCAAGUGCUACAAUGAACCAGGCUGCCGUAGCAGAAGGAGCGAAGAAGGAGGUCAGUGAGCCUAAGGAUGCUACAACAGUCACAGUGGUGGUGCAUGAUGCUGCCACCAGAAGAGAGUCUCCCACAGACACAUCCAGUUUAACUAGCUACGGCACUCCCCCCGGCCCCGUGCAAAUUGCAGUGGACAUCGUGAACUCGACAGACUCUGCCACUCCCGCAGAGGAGCAGGCACCCUCGCAGCAGCCCUCCAGUGGUAUCAGAUCUGAUCACGAUUAUGUGGUUUGAGAGCUGGCAGAGCCAAAAAAGAGAUUAAGGUUUGUUGAUUAUUGUUAGUCUUUCCACAAGUUGUUUUUGCAUCAUCUGAUUCAGAAGGACUUUGGUAAAAACAGCUAGCCUGACCAUUGUGUCUAUGACUGUAAUGUUUGCCAUGAGUCUAGACUGUAAAGUAUAUAACUAUAGUAUUUUUAUAAGAUGACUACUCUUCAGUGUCCAAGUAAUCAUUUUUCUUUUAUUUUUAUUUCUGGGUAUGAUGGAAAUCGAUAUACGUAAAUUAUGGUCUGUUGUCCCUUUUCGUUUCUGCAGGAAAUAGUGUGUUGUCAUACAUUCAUGCUGAUGCAAACCAGCAAUUGCUUUAAGUCAGUGUUACUCUAAUGGAAAUGGUGCCCUAAAUCUUCUCAAGACAUUUUAAGGAUGCUGUAUCUCUGGUGUAUAAUAAAGAAAGAUUUUCCAGUCUCAACUUAACUGGUGAUGUUGGCAAAGCUACACCUGCAUGUGGCACUGGUUGUGAGGCAUGUUUCCUAGCUACCUCUUGAGUCCACCCUUUCCAACACUUCGCAAGAGUGUAAGAGUGGAGACUUAGGGCCGUAUUACAAGUCGAAUUCGAGAAGUUUCGGGUCCCUACUGAGUUAUUCAUCCCGAACUUUGUAGGGACCCGAAACUUCUAGGAUUCGACUUGUAAUACGGCCCCUAAACCGAACUCUGUAGGGACCCAAACCUUCUCAGAUUCUACUUGUAACACAGCCCUUAAUGCCACACACUCUGUCUGGUGGGGGGGCAAGAGAGAGAGACAGAGCAUAUUGUUUAACUUUUACCUGAAUGGUACUGUACUCAGGUGUCUUUUUCAGAUUCAGUGUUAUUCCUGACUCCCACUAUAAGUUUUCAAUGUUUACACAAAAUAUUUCCAUGGUUCUCUCUCUCUCUCUCUCUCUCUCUCUCUCUCUCUCUCUCUCUCUCUCUCUCUCUCUCUCUCUCUCUCUCUCUCUCUCUCUCUCUCUCUC